UCGACCGCGGCAAGAAAGAAAAGAGAAGCGGGCUGAAACGAAGCUUGUGGUCUCUCGCCAACUCGUGGCCAGUUUCAGCCGCGGCGCUCGACCGUCAAGCUCGCGAGAUCUCUCGUUGGAACGGCGAGAGAGAGAGAGAGAGAGAGAGAGAGAUGCGAAUAUCGCCGUUGUUAUCGUCGAUCGAGCCUACCGAAUCUCCGAUGCUCCAGCCUGCUCGAUGAACUUUUAACCGAGCUUCUGCUAUUAUCGCCGCACCGCUAUCCUUGGCCAGUUUUCGGGUUCGAGUGCUCGUGUUCGUCCAGUGAAAUCGAAAGUAACACCGCUUGGAUCGUUCUCCGUGGCCGUUUUUGGCUGCUUGGGAAAUUGAGCAGCGCAGCGCUCGAUGCCCUGGGAGGACUCGGUUUAUCGGUAUGCUCGAUCGUGCUCGUUGAAGAAAUUCUCGUGCGAAUCUGGUGGUGACAGAGGAGGAGGAGGAAGAGGAGGAGGAGGUGAGCUAGCAUGAUCUAUCAGCCGAACCAUCAGUCACCGACGAUGUCGUCCGCGAGGAAAACGUCGCCACGACCGCAGCGUCGAAACCUGCAAGCGUCCUCGGGGAAGUGCGCGAACGCGAAGGCGAAGGCGAAGGCGAAGGCGAAGCGUACAGGAGGCAACGGCGAGGAGAGAUGCAGAGGAAGGUGUAGAGUGCAGUGGAGCGAGAAACACGUGAAGGAGGGGUUGGUUCUGGUUCAGGAGGCGCAGCUGGCCAGAGUGGUGAAGACGGGGCCCAUCACCGAGCACUACGAGAUCGACCCGAAGCCGUUCGCUAACGGACAAUGGGCGAAAGUGUAUCGGUGCAGAUCUCGAUCGACCGGUAUCCUCUACGCGGCGAAAUACUCCUCGAGGAACCGAUUCAACGCGGACUGCAGCGCCGAGCUGAGACACGAGAUCGCUCUGCUCUCCCUCUGCUCGCAAUCCCCCCGAGUCGUUCGCCUGCACGACGUUUACGAGACUCCCAAGGAAAUUAUUCUCGUGAUGGAAUACGCCCCCGGAGGCGAUCUGCAGACGCUCAUCGACGGCGAUUUGGUGCCCCUCGAAGGUGACGUGGUGCACUUUGUGAGGCAGCUAGUAGAAGGACUUGCCUACCUCCACGAGAGAAAUAUCGCCCAUUUGGACAUCAAGCCGCAGAAUCUGGUGAUGAUGGGCAGCUUUCCCGAGUGCGAGGUGAAGCUCUGCGAUUUCGAGAUCUCCAGAGUGAUCUUAGAGGGGACGGAGGUUCGCGAGAUUCUCGGGACACCGGAUUACGUGGCUCCUGAAAUCCUCCACUACGAGCCGAUCACUUUGGCCGCUGAUAUGUGGUCUCUGGGCGUCACAUCCUACGUUCUAUUAACUGGCUUCUCUCCGUUCGGUGGUGAAACCGAUCAAGAAACGUUUCAAAACAUCUGUUUGGGCGAGGUAGACUUCCCGGAAGAAUUAUUCGGAGACAUCUCGGCGCAGGCAAAGGAUUUCGUCGCGAAGCUUUUGGUGCUGGACCCAAGCGCACGAAUGACCGCGAAACAAUGUCUGCGUCACGAUUGGCUACGAGGCGCGCCCACACAAGCGUCGCCUCAUCUCAGAAGAUACCUGUCGAAGUCGAGGGAAGUCCUUCUGGAACGAGUUGUCAGCCGGGAGAAUCUGCGGAGAGCGGCGCUUUUGAGCCAGGCGAGCAGCCAAGCGAAUCUGUCGGGCGACGCUCAAGAGUCGAAUCAUCGCGAUCAAAGCUUGCAGGAUUGUUUGCUGAGUCAAAGCGAGAUGUGCCUGAGUCACCGUCUCACCGGAAGCCGAUCUAGUCUCGAAGGUAGCGAGGAUUUCCCGAGUCCAGCAGAUUCUCGGACCAGCCUCAACUCUUCCAGGACCAAUCUCAGCUGCACCAGCCAGAGCUGCUUGUUGAACAAAGAGCAAACGCAGGGUUUGUUGAGCCGGGCGCAAAGUAGAUCGCAGGCAAAUCUGAAUCACGGUCUCAGUCGAGGACUCCUGUCUAGAAUACGAAGUCUGAAUCGAAUUCAGUCCCAGGCGUGUUUGCUCAACGGAAACUCCUCGACAACCUCGACUUCGUUGCAACCGCGUAUGGUAAUAAAUCCCGUGAUUACCAAGUCCCGCGAGAAGCUGUACGGUUUGAGAUCGUUGUCCAAGUCCCAGGGGGUUUUGGACAUAUACAGGAGCCUCGAGUGUCUCAGACGAAGAAGGAAGAGCUACCAGCGAGCCAAAACUGAAGACACGAUACCAAUUUUCAAACGGCUCGAACCAGGUAUCGAUCCAUCUAACGCGUCUAUCGCGACCACGUGUGAUACCGACGAUCGACUCUCCUACGACGACAUUCCCAGUUUAACGGAGGCGAAGAAACGUUCCCAAGAUGGAAAUAAAGGCGCUUCGAGCACGGAGGAACUGGAAUCAGAGGUCGCGAAGGAUUUUAACGACCGAUCGCCGGAAGUGGAAUCCUCGAGAGAGCGGACUUUCGAGUCCGAGGAGAAUUUCGACUCGUUGAAAUCGAUAGAAUCGGACACGCUGACCGAAGAUUCGGACGAAACGCCGGUGAGUCGCGAAACGGAGGGCGUAACAGGCAAACGACCCUGCCGCCGACAGCACUCGGACGCUUCCAGUCGUUCGAACAAUUCCGGAACGUCGGACGACAAAGAGGAUCGUUCUACCGAGUCAGAAACCGACGAACCCAAGUACACCGUCGCGCAACUUGUCUCUGCUUUUAACAAACACCAAGAGGUCGCUUCGAGGAGCAGCUUGGAAGCCAUAAUGACCGAAAAGAGAGUGAACGAGGUUACGUUUCCGACUGGAACGAAGGCUUUGAGGCUGUUCAUACCGGACAUCAACAUCAGCGAAAGUAAAAUCGUGAGGAGGAAAACGAGCUACAAGCCGCGGAAGAAUUGGGAGGAGCUGAGGAAGAAAAACGAGAAAAACGAGGGGAUCUUGAAGAACUUUGUCGAUUCGGGUAACGAAGACGAGGACGAGGGUAACGAGAAUCACGUGGAACAGUCUAACGGUGAAGGUGAAUCGUCUUCGGACCGAUGGUCGACUUUACCUCCGAUAGAGAUCAACGGAGACUCCAUUUUCACGGAAAUCACGGUUCAAGACGACGUUGAUACAACGAUAGACGAGAAGUACAAGCGGUGUGUGAAGGAAGCUAAAUUAAACGCGACGGAAGCAGCGAAUAACAAGUCCCGAAAGGCUGCUACACCUAUCUCGACUUUCACCCGACAGAAAGAAAGACUGCCCAACUACAUAUAUCCAGAAAUGACGUGCCACAUUAAAGAGGAUCCUCAGGACUCGCCUAAGAAGACGACGAACGAUAAAAGCAACUCUGAAAUACAAAGGACGGAACGAUCGAAGGCAACGUACAAUACGGAUUGCUGCGUCAAUGUAAAUCUAAAGGACAUCUUACAAAGGGUAGACAGUUUUCAGAGUAAUCCGAAGGAAAACUUGGAAAAUCUGAGGAAAAGAACGUCGAUCGCUAAAAUAAUCUUGAACGAUAACCUGCCCUACGAUAGUCCAGAUAGGAACGACGGAGAGAAUCGUACGAGCAGCAGAGCUCGAAGCGAACCACCUUCGUCUUUGUCUCCGAGGGAGGAAGACGAGAAAAUGAAAUUAGUCGUACCACCCUCUUUCGUGAGAUCCUCGUCUCUGUCCAGUGACAGCAGCUGUCAAACACCUACCAGCGUCCAUUCAGACGCGAACGUCUCCUGGGAAGACGUUCAGAAUAGCAGAGGAGGAUCGAACGUGUCCCUGGAGAAAGAGGAUCCUGGCAAAGUUCGAAGAAGAAACGACGUUCAAAGAACAUCGAGCGAAGGGAGAGGCAAACAAUAUCCGGAAGACAAAAGACUUUGGGGUAGAGUUUGCACAGGAUCUUACAACAGAGCAAUGGAGAAGUUCAAUAAGAACAACGACGCGAACAAAAAGGCUGUCGGUCAGUUGAACGGAUUGUCGCAGAGCGAAAAGACCAGAAGGAAAAGUAGCCCUGCCAUGCCUCAAUACAUCAACCCGUAAAAAUAGACUUGCCUUUCACGAAGACUGAAUCUAGAACUUGGCCUUCCCUAAUUACAGUGACUCAGGCCGCCGGAACAACGUGAACCGAACAGCGAAAUUUCUCUUUUCGAAAAAUACUUUGACGGAUCAGGAACGAGAUAAUCGGUUCGCAACCUUGUCCUCGACAGACGUUCGCCAACUUCCGUCGCAAUAUCAGAGAAUCGUCGUCGUCGUCGUCGUCGUCGUCUUCGUCGCCGUCGUCGUAGUGACGUACAGUCAUUUCCUUUGACUGGACCAUACUGACAGACGAAUAAUCUGCGAGCGUGUGUCAUCAAAUGGUCGAACGACAAACGGUAACCUGUCAUUAACAUCCCACCUGAGCGUCGCGUGGUCAAACAAGGCGAUUGAACGUGAUUGAUCGUCAUAGCCUUAUCCUUGACUUAAUCUCCAUAUUGAGCGAUCUUCGAGAACUACUUCUUUUUUUCAAAGUGCGUAGUAUCGAUGGACACGUGGAUACCGAGAAAACGAAGCAGCUGAUCCCGACCAAAAAAUGGUAAUGAUCGAACCACGAAAAAGGAAGUAUCGAUGGUGUCGAUUUUAAAUUCAAAUCACACGGGAAUUGAAAGCUGAGCUUAGCUCGUACAAAGAGCGCGAUAGAAAAUCGCGUUCGCAGAAUAUUGCUCACACACGAGAUUAUCUUUUUACGAUACAACUUUGCCUCUACUAAUUCUGCCUUUUUUCUUUUUUCUCUUUUCUCAUUAGUGUUAGAUUCAAUUGGUGCGUCGAAAACGAGAACUCACAAUCCGUUAUACCGUAGUAUACAUAUACAUACAAUACUUACAAUUAGCGAUCUA